AUGAAGUCGAUACAACAAUCAUCUCUGUUAGGGUACUUCGUACGUCGUUCAGAGUCGUCCAAGGCGGACAGGGAAGAGGAGACUGGCACUGCAGCGCGAACACAAAGCGUGAAGAGCGGCGUUCUAGCAUCCGGCGCUGGUGAAGCGCACCAAGACUCCUGCAACAGAGUUGGCGAACACACGUUUCUGGCAACUCCGCUGGGACCAUCGGACCGUGGGUGGUUGCGUCUUGGGGCAAGUGAGGACUCACCACCGUCAUUUGUGACGCCCGCCUCCGACUAUGGCAGUCGAAAGCGCCCUCGCCUGACCGUCGGCGAGGAACCGCGCGCAGCGAGUCCGCUCAGCGGUGCAGGAAGCUCACGGCUCGUGCCGUGGUGCAGUAGAGCAGCUGCUGCGGAGCUCGAAAGCGGCCCGGAGCCGGCUCGUUGUGUCGUGAAUAUAGAGGCUCGUGGGCUUUUGAGUGAAAGCGCGACGCCGAAACGGACGCAUGGCCCGCAAACCCAUGUCAAGUGGAGUGCUAACGGCAGCGCCGCGGUCGAUGAAUGGUCUGCACAGCACCCCUGGAGUGUCCAUGUCCGUGACUCGGCAGGCCGAAGCCCUACAGACCCUCACUACGAUCCCUCAACGGUAUUUGUGCCACCCGAGGCAGAACGAAAAAUGACGCCUUUCCAGCUCCAGUUCUGGAAAAUCAAGCGCAACUACUACGACACGGUUCUGCUCUUCAAAAAAGGAAAGUUUUACGAGUGUUACGACAUUGAUGCCGAUAUUGGUCACCGGGUUCUCCAGCUGAACUACACCAGCAUCGGGCGCGCUGAUAUGCGCUGUGUCGGCGUUCCCGAAAGUGCAUUCUACCGGCACGCGAUCCGUCUCGUAGACGCAGGCUAUCGUGUCGGGCGCGUAGAGCAGGUCGAGUCUGUGCUGGCCGCCAAGGCGAAUUCGAACAAAGUUUGCGACCGCCGGCUGGUGAAGAUUCUCACCAAGGGAACUGUCGUAGAUGAAGCGGGUGACGACGUCUUCGAGGAACCGCGCUACCUCAUGAUCGUGGUUGAAGGCGAUCGUGUCCCGGGUACGGAGACCAUUCCACUUGGCAUAUGCUACCUGUGCGUGGCAACGGCAGCCGUGCAUCUCGGGGUCUUGCAUACGAGCCGCGAGCGAUUCACCGAACUUGAAGCACUGCUGGUUCGCGUCCGUCCUCGCGAAGUCAUUCUCGAUUUUUCAUCCGAGCGCCUUGAAUUUCUCGUGCGAAGCUGCGCGGCGCCGGACGUCCAAGUUCAUCGGCGCACGCUUCGGGACGUGCCCCCGAAUGCGUCGCUCGUCGCAAAGUUAUCAGCAAUUUGCAGCGAUGUGCUCGCGCUACGUGCUUGCCAAGGCGCUGCCAGCUUUCUAGAUGAGCUGCUUAUCGCAGAUCAGGUAUUUCCUUUGGGGAACUUUUACUCUCUGCAUGACAUGGCGCCCACGGAGCUGUAUGAGCGCCUUGAGCUAGAUGCAGCCGCGAUGGAAGGUCUCGAGUUGUUCCGCACUAGUGCUGACUUCAAUAAGGACGGCUCUGUCUUUGGAUUUCUGGAUCGCUGCGCGACCAACAUGGGUCGGCGCUACCUCCGCCGGUGGUUAUGUCAUCCGUUCCGCGAUGUCGCACGCAUUUGCGAUCGUCUGGAUGCAAUCGAGGACAUCCACCAGAUGCUCACCAGUCUAUCAGGGGCUAACGAGAUGGAAUCCGCAGAGGAGCAACACCAGCAGCAUCUCUUCUCCUGUCUGCGGAGCCUGCCGGAUAUUGAACGGAGCCUCGUUCGUAUCCACGCGCUCGCUGUAGACCGACAUGGCGCUGUCAUGUUUGAUGACACAAAUCAACGCAAGGUGCGCGACUUUCUUCGCAUCCUCGACGGGCUUGCGACCGCAGUCGAACUUGUGGGACGAAUCCGGGCAAUCGCAGCGCAAGCGCCCGAGUCGCACAGGCGCUCGAGACGCCUUCGGUGGCUGCUCAGCGACGGCGCCGUGCCGCUUGCCCGCAUUGAGGCUACGCUUGGGGCGUUUCUCGAUGGGCAAGUUUUCGACGCGGACGCUGCUCGCCACACUGGCGUCCUUCGACCUCGCACGGACUCUCAUUCGUUGCUGGCAACAGCGCGUUGCGAAAAAGAACGCAUAGAAAGGGAGCUCGAAGAGGAGCUCGCAAAAGUGCGUCACCGCCUGGGCCGCGUGCCCGUACGUUUCUACCAUCGCGUCCAAGAGCGCUAUCAGAUCGAGCUCCCUGCUGAUGUCAGAAAUAUUCCCGACGAUUUCGUGCUCAUGUCGCAAACGAAGCAACACCGCCGCUACUGGACGCCGACCAUCCGGAGCCUGCUGACGGCCCUGAAUCGUGUCGAAGAAGACAUUGAAACGGCAGAGGCGCAAUUCGCCCGUACCGUGUUCGAGCAAUUCGAUGCAUCUUACUCGUUGUGGCUGAGCGUCGCUCGGAUGCUCGGUGAAUUCGACGCGCUAACCUCGCUCGCGAACGUAAGCUUUGAGGGAGCGGCAGGGCUGCCGAUGACCCGCCCAGUGUUUGCAGAGCCGCUGGAUCGUGCCGCAUCCCACGAGGAUGUCGCCGCAGCGCUUUGCUUCAAGGAGCUGUGGCAUCCGAUCCUUGCCCUGCGCCGCGGUCCUUCUCAAUUCGUACCGAAUGACUUCGAACUGGAUGCAGCGAAACAUCCGUCCAUGGUGCUUACGGGUCCGAAUAUGUCUGGCAAGUCGGCACUGCUACGCCAGGUCUCUAUUGCAGUCAUUCUGGCACAAAUGGGAUGCUAUGUGCCAGCGAGCAGUGCAUACAUACGGGUGCCCGUCGACCGACUAUUCACGCGAAUCGGGGCUCGCGAUCGCGUCAUGCGCGCGCAGUCCACGUUCAUGGUGGAGAUGCUCGAAGCCGCUGAAGUGCUCAGCCAUGCAACGAAUCGCUCGCUAGUCGUUCUCGAUGAACUGGGACGGGGUACCUCCACUUUCGACGGAUACGCUAUUGCGUACUCAGCGCUGUGGUAUCUGACAUUUCGGACUCGCUGUCUGACCCUGUUCGCGACUCACUACCAUAUGUUGGCGACAGAGCCGCUGCUCCGCCCAGCGCAUCAUCAUCAUCAUCAUCGUAGUGGUGAUGAUGACGAUGAUGCCGUUUCCGUUGUCUUUGCCCACAUGGGCGCCCGCGUCGAUACCAACGCCCACGAAAUCGCAUUUCUCUAUAGGUUGCGACCCGGGGUCGCAGCGCAUUCGCGAGGAAUCGAGUGUGCUCGCCUCGCCGGCAUCCCAGAGGACGUUAUCCAGCGAGCCGAGUUCCAUGCGAGAGCCUUUCUUCAGGACACCUCGUGA